AUGGCCCAGUACCCCGAAUUCGUCAGCGCGGGCGCUGACUUUGCCGACGCGGGCUUCUUCGCCCAGGACGAUGGUGAUACGGCUGUUAGACAGGCGCUCAUUGAGUUCACCGCAUAUGGGGAUGGGUAUGUGGCGUUUGAGGAGCCGCUGGGGGGAGUGGAUGGGGUUUUUUUCGAGGAGGCAUUUGUCCAGGACGGUGAGGGUGAGGGGGUGCUGGAUCACUCCUCACCACUACUUCGGAUUUCAUCUCCGGCUUCGUCUCCAACGCCGUCUCCAAUACCAUCUCCGGCUUUGUCUCCGCCGUCUCCCGCCCCCUCGGAGGUACUCAGCAUCGUCUCCACCGUCUCUCUCACCAACUCGCUGGACGACGCUGGCAUUUCUGCCAACAACACGACCUUGACCACCGCCCCCUCAGCCCCGAUACCCCCCACCUACACACCGCACCCGCACAUCCUCGCCGACCAGCCCGCCGCCCCGCCCGACCCAAACGCCCUCUACACGCCCCUCACACGGACGCACUUCCGCACCGCCGCGGCCGCAAAAGCACACCGCACGCGCGCGCGACUGGCGCCCAAACCCGCCGCCGACGUCGCGCGGGUCAAGGCCCUCGGCCGCGAGUACUGGGUGUGCCGGAUCUUCAACGCCAUGAUCAACGGGCGCUGCAUCACCGACGGCGCGCGGAGCGUGCACCGCGCGCGGUUCACGGCGAAAGCGGCGUUCGAGGCGCUCGAUCUCGAGGCCGCAGCGCACGCUGUCUUCGACGAGGCCAUCGCUGUGCACGAGCGCGGCUGGAACAUGCCGGGUGUGUAUCACAAGCAUACUGUGCGCGGCAAGCUGGUGGAUAUCUCCGGGGAAAGUGUGGAGCUGCGGUUGUCGAGGGUCUGUCUUGUGCUUGCUGAGACGAAGAGUGCGGUUGAUGAUGCGGUGAGGGGCGGGGUUACGCUCGCGCUGCUUUGUGAUAAUCCUGAGGCGAGACGGUUUACGAAGGAGAGUAAUAAUCAGGGGAACCAGAAGCGUGGUGAGAGGCUUAGGCAGACGCGGACGAAGGAGAGGGCGAGGCUGAGGGCGAGGGAGCACAUCGAGGCGGUCGAGCAGAUCGGGGAGGUUGAGAAGAUCGAGCAAGUCGACGACUCUGAGAGUCAAGAGUUGGCCGAUGUCCAGGGGCUCGCUGCUGUCCGGGAGAUUGAGGAGUGA